AUGCCACCAUCUCGGAUCGUCCCCCGCUUCGUCAACAUCACCAAUCCCAAAGAAUUCGGUAUCUCAGGCAAAGACCCCGCCGUGCGUUCCCAUGUAACCCGCUACCAAUGGCAGAGCCACCACGCCAGGAAGGAAGCAGCUAGGAAAAGGAGACGAGAGCAGUUUCUCCCGAUCCGGAUAGAGUUGGAUUGCGCUGCGCUGAAUCUGAAUGCUGAGAUGAAUCCGUCAGAAGAGGAUCAAGCUUCGCACGCGGUAUUGCAGCCUAUUCCUCGCCUGCUGGGCGGGUUUCGGGUUGAUCUUUUUCGAUCGUAUCCUGUGUGGAGGCCGGUGUUUGCACCUCUUGUCGAUUAUUACCUUACGACAAUGGCCGUGGAUAUUCCCGAGCUCGACCAGCCCGGUAACCGUGGCCUGCUUCGAACGAGGUGGUUUCCCCUGACUGGAUCUUCUGCGGCUGCGAUACAAAGCGUGCAGGCCAUCAAUGAAGCCCUUGCCCAGCAAGGCGAGGUUCCGGACGACGCACUCAUCGGAGCAGUGGCCAAGAUGGCCAGCUACGAGGCCAUGUUCGGGACGCUGGAUACUUACAACCUGCAUAUGCAGGGCCUGGCCCGCAUGGUCAGUCUACGUGGGGGGCUGGAGUCGCUGGGCCUGGACGGUCUCCUUCGCCGAAUAGUCAUCUGGAUUGAUCGCAAUGCGGCAUUCCUUAAUGGGUCGUCGCUCUACUUCCCUGGGGCGACCUUUGCCCCGGGGGUACCGCUUCCUGAUCCAAACCCCGGUCAUUUCCUUGGCGCGUCCUAG